AGCAUCCCCAAGUGGUCGGUUUAGACUGUCUGGCUUUGUACAACACACUCCGUUCUACUCCGUGAAUAUUCGUAAAAACAAAUUGAAUUUAAUAUACGAACGUUUACUCGUACACACGCGUCGUCGUCGUUUAAAAAACUAUGAUUUUUUUUUCAAACCUAUUACUAACGAUAAUAUUACGUGGUACACGAUCGUUGAAUGAACAAUCAAAUUUUUUUAUCUCGCGAAGUCGUUAGUUUAUAUUUUUAUUAUAAUAUAAAGUAGUAUAGAUAUAGGUCGGUAUCUUAUUACAGCUUUACCUAUUAUCUUUUUUGAAGUUUAAUCACUGUGUAUAUAUAUAAAAAAAAAAAUCGGAUACAGGAUAUAAUAUGCUGCAUACAAUAGUAAGACAAAUCGUCGUAAUGGUUGUCAUUCUUAACGUCUCCAGAGCGAAUUGGUGGUACGUGUUUUUUUAUUAUUUACUCAUCACUAUGUAAUUUUUUUGUUUAUUAACAUAUGUAUUGAUAUUGUAGGUAUUAUAUUAGUGAGAGGGAAAGAUAUAAUAUAAAUAAAUAAUUUAUCUACAUAGUUUCUGAUCUAUGGGCUAUAUGUCACUUGUCUUGUACGAAAAAGUAAACGUCUUUAUAAAAAAAAGUUAAAGGAAUACAUAUUUGUGCAAUUAAAAAAAUUAUUAAAUAAUAAACGUUUAAAUUAAAAGAUCAGUCGAUUUAGAAAAAGUCCUGUAUUUUUUUAUGUCAAAAUUAAGAUGAUAAAUACAAAGAAAUUAUACCUAUACCUAUAGUAUAGUUUUAAUUUUAAUUUUGAAAUUAACUUCAAUCAGAAUAUAAAUACAGUAACAAUUAUAAUUACUACUAAAAACGGAUUUAUAGCGAAUUAUAACAUUAUAUAUUAAUAAGUACACACUUUUUAUAAUUUUUUGAUUUUAUAUCAUACGUGAUUAUAAUUAUAUUAGUAAAGAAUUUAACGUUUAGUAAAAUUGAAAAAAACAAAUAAAUUAAUAUAUUAUUAAUAAUAUUUAUUAUGUAGGAAUCGAUUUAGGAAUGUAAAUAUUAAAUAAUAUUAUACUGGUUAAUUAUAAUUUUAAGUAAAAUAUAUAUUAUUAAAUUACGUUACAAUUAAUUUAUGAAUUUUAAAAUAUAUCUGGGACCUUAAGGUUAUAAUAUAAACAAUAAAUCAAUAUCGAAAUAAUAAUAAUUAUAAUAAGUUAAUAAUAAUUAGUUUUUAUUAUUGAUAAGGAUAAUUUAUUAUAUUACGUGAUAAUUUGUGUUCUUAAAUAACUCAAAGAAACGUUUAAUAUAACAAAUUUAAAUUUAAAAUUAAAGUAAGUAUAGUAUAUAUUUUUUUUUUUAUAACUGAUUUAAUAAUUUUUUUUUAAGUCAAGUUACAAUCUUAAUUUUAAUAUUUUAAUAAAAUUAAUAUAGUUUGGUACUUACAUGAACUAUUAAAUUUUUAGUGGAACGGUGAAUUUAUUGGCUUUAAUGUGAUGUGUUUUAUUUUUAAAUAUCUGUAAAAAACUUCUACCAGAAAUCUUGUUCCUAUUAAAGAUUUUUUAAAACAUUUUCUUAUAGCAUUUUUGAUCUAAUUGGUGCAUCGUUGAAGAGGUUUUUUUGAUCUUUUUUUUUGUAUUUUUCUAAAUGAAUCGAAAAAUGUUAACUUUUGUUGAUUUCUGAGUUAACUUAAGGUUAAGACAUAAGAGGAAAAUACGUCCAAUAAUACUCUGCUUAGAACCGUUUUUCGGUACAGAUAUGUUUAUAUCCUUUCAACUUUCCUCUUAAAACAGUGAGUGCAUCCAUGAGUAUUUUUUUUAUUUUUAUUAAUUUAAAAUGUUAUAUAAACUAAACUAGUAUAGGUUGCCAUAACGAUGAGUCGUUUUGGGUUCAAGCUCUAUGUAUUUGAGGACACUAUUUACAUCCAUGAGUAUAUAUAAGUAUUAUAAUAUUACGUUUUCCAGAACUGUAAAUUGCUUUUACUUUUGAAAAUAUAAUUCGUUAUUAGUGGGCAUUUUAGUUUUUAAACACGUUAGAUUACAAUUAAAUACAUACCGAAAUAUACGGUGGUAAAUUGAUUUUUUUUCUUUGAAAAUUCGUACUAAAGUGUUUAGCCAUAUACAAUAUAAUUAUAUCUACGUCCUACAGAAUAUAACGUUUAUAAUAAUUUAUAACUAAACGUUUUUAAACGUUUUAUUAAAUUCUAAAACCUUUGAUAAAUAUUAAUGUUUAUACAACGUUCAAAUCGUUAGAUUUAUCUACCUGAUAUUUUACCUAUACGUUAUAUCAAAAAACUAAUUUAAAAACAUUUUUUUUUUUUAUUUUAUAGAAAACGAUAAAAAAAAAAUCCUCAAAAGUGAAUUACAAUAAUUACUAGACUCCAUCACCGGGCCCCUGCAAUGUAUGUACCUAAUAUUGAAAACCAGUAAAAAUUCGGCGGAUAUUUCCGAGCCAUAUGGUUCGGCACGGUUCGUAAAAUAAACCAAUAGAUUUUUAAUUUUCUGGUCCAAUAAUCAACUGCAGAUACAUGAAUGGCCCUCUAGUUUAUAUAUAUAGGUGAAGCGUUUUAUCCUUCAUUGGCCAUUACGGGAAAUGACCUUCUUUAAUCCCUUUUAGAAAAAUAAAUAUAAGUACCUACGCUAUAUGUGCUUGGUUAUGGUUUUUUUUGUUGUAAGUAUAUUAAUUUUAUACUCUGAAUAAGAUAAGAUAAUAUAGUGUUCGUCUAUAUGUGUACUUAUAAGUGCGUACCAGUGUAUUAAAAUAAUUUUUUUUCAAUAGUUUAUUUAUAAUAAUAUAUAUUUCAAGUACCUAGCGGCGUGCACAGAGGGUUGGGGGGUUAUAUUAUAUCACCACCCCUUCCAUAGGCUUAUAUAAAUACAAUAACUAAAUAAUGAGUAUAUUUUUACAUGCCUAGUAAUUUAAUCUUGUUAUGUAUAUUAUAUUUCAGUGAAGUUACUAGAGGAAAAGCCCGGUUUAUAGUGAAUACAAAUUGGCCAUUUUGAAUCCGGCUUUUAAAUUCCCAUUGUCGCGUUAGAUAUAGAGAAGAAGAUUCUACAAUUUUUGUUCUUGAUUAUUGUAUUAUACUUUACUAUAUAACCCCACUCGAUUGAAAAUUGCAAAUACCAUAACAUAAUUUAAUCAAAUUUUACCUAUUUAUAUUCGUAUAAUCGCGCCUACGACGAGUUUACUUGCGAUGUACUCUGAAACUACUUAACCGAUUUUGAUAAGAUAAUGUUUAAUGUGUGUAUUUUGGUCCAACUUAAAAUAUGUAGGAUAGUUUUCAUCUCGAUUAAUGACCUAUGAGGGAUUGGAAUGGGGAAUAAAAAAUGUUUGGGUAUUUUUGGUAUGACAAUUAAAUGAUUUUUGUUGAAUUAUGGGUUACUUUAGUUACACGGAUGAAUUGAAUAAUAAUAUAAAACAAAAAUUAAUAAUAAACAGAAAUGAAAAUGCCAUAACAACUAUAGCAACUUAAAAUAAGGAGUCUAUAUGAUUGCCUGCCGGUCUUGGUAUGAAAUAGGAUGAGCCAACUUGAUAACAUGGACGAAAAAAAAAUAAAAAACUAUGCUCUGUACAGGGUGGGUAAAUGAAAACACGUAACAUCUUUGAAUCUUUGUAUUUUUCGGUACAGUAAAAUAUACACUACUAAAUAGUACUAUUAUAUCUUCAUAAUCUUAGCGUUAAUAUAGUGGAUAUAUAAUUUAAUCCCUGUAAUAUGCGGGUAUCUAUGAUAACACCCAUUUUCUUCCUAUUUUUUUUUUUCAUUCAAUAUUCUGAUUUGCGAGCAAAGCAAAUUUUGAAUAAAGGUAAAAAUAAUGAAAAAUUGGUACGGGCAACGCUGAUCGCGGGACAGCUAGUAUUGUAUAUAUUAUAAAAUAUAUAUAAAUAUAAAAAAAAAAAUUUAUUUUAUUAAAUAGGUCAUAAUAUUAUGAAUGUAUAUUAUAGUGUCAAAUACUAACGUACUAACGGUGCAAUUAUAUUAUGACUGAAAUAUAGGUACCUAUACUCGAUAAUUCGUUAAGACUAUUUAAAUACAUAAUAUAAUACUCCUUUAAAAAAAAUACACUUUCAUUACAUUAUUAUCGAGUUUUAAAUUAUACGAAAGUAUUUAGUAUUUAGGUAUUAUAUAUCUAUAAGUGUAGUGUAUUUUCUUAAAUAAGCAAAUCGAAACGUAUUAUUCAAAUUCGAAAUAAUUUGAUUAGAAAUGUAUAUACUAUAGAUUUGUAAUAAAAAACACACACAGGAUAUUUGAGAAUUGUAAAAAUAAUCAUAGGUAAGUACUUCUACCUAUUACAUGUAUACUGUACAAGACGUAUACCAUGGGGCAACACGAUUUGUAGUACUAAGAAAUAUGAAUAUUAAUGUAUACAAGGUAAUGUUAUUUCAUCACGAUUUUCUUGGUAAAUUUUUUUUUUAGAUCUGGAGAGUAGCUAUUGGUUUUACUAUAAUGUGUGUUUUUGUAUUUUUUUUUUUCAACUACUUUUUCAUCAGAAACCUUGCUCCGAUGUAUCUAGUCAUAUUGGAGGAAAUUUUGUCUAGUUGGCGUAUGCCAUUUUUUGAUUUCCCAUGGGGUUUUCAAAAAAAUAACCCGAAAAAAAAUUAUAGGUAAAAAGGCAAAUAUUUACGGUACUAGCGUUGCGUUACUGAUUUCAUUGUUUUUAAUUUUUACAAACUACGUUUUCUACAAGAAAUAUUGCUUUAAUUCAAAAAUGCCAAAAGAUUAUUAUUGUUGAAUUUUGGAUCUACAUGGUUAUGUCGUUUAUUGAUUUUCCAAGUCGUUUUAUAAUAAAUGAGAUAACCAAGAAAAGACGAAUAAUUUUUUUUUAUAAAGUUUUAAAAUCAAAUUUUGACGAAAAUCGUAAAUAUUACGGCCUUUCAAAACAUGUAUAACCGAACUUUGCUAUGAAUCGUCUUUCGUAAGCAAUGGUUUGUCAUUACUUACAUAUAUAGUAUUUAAUACAUUAAAUAAAUGUAUGUAUCCUACCUUCCCGACUUCCUACUUACAACAGUGGCACACCCGUCCCCAAUAUCAACACUUUUUUUUUUACAAUUAUUAUGGAAUGGUUUUAUUUUAAUGCCGUUUUCACAUUAUUACCCUAUUACUCCUUAUAUUGAAUAAUAACUUAAGAUUUUCAAUAUAGAUUCGAAGAAAAAUGUAUUCAAAAACUUUCUAAAAACUUUGAUAUAGGUAUGAGUUAACGCUAUAAUAUGUUUGUUGGAUUUGUAAAAUAAUAUACGAUUGUGCUAAUGGAUCGUGAUAAAAUAAUCGCCCUGUAUAUAGGUAGUAUAAUACACGAAUGGUAAUACAUAAUUGUUUAAAGAUCAAAUUAUAGUCAUUAAAUAUUAUAAUAUAAUUAUUACUUGUAGUUUGACACAUUUCUAACUUAAUUUAUUAGGUAUAUAUAACUAGUAGCCUAAUAGGUAGGUAUAUAGAUGUACAUAUAUACACGAAUUGAAUAAGGAAUAAAUGCACUUGAUUCUGUUUUAUAGUGGUGGUGAAUUUCGAUUAGGUAUGUAAUAAAAAUUAAUAAUGUAAUAGGUGUACUCAUAAAUAUUAUUAAUACCUACCUACUUACAUUAUAGUUAUUAUUACGCGAGAGAUUAUUCUGUCCGGAAUAUUACGUUUUAAUAUUAUUUUUAUUGGUUGAUUUCGUUAAGUAUAAUAAUAUUAUCACUGUAUUGCAUAGACAAUCCAAUAAUUUUACGUGUUUAAGUUUAAAAAAAACACGGUCAAUAAAGAUGUGUCACUGAAAUUUGAUUUGUAUUAAAGGAUUUUUUCGCAUCCCUACACUAAACACCUGUCUAUUAAAAAUAAAAAUAAAUUAUUGAAAUCUCAUCAAAUUGCAAACACACGUAACGCGGAUUUCUUCUGUAAACUAUUUUUAUUUUUUGCUUGCAGCGUAUUCCAUCAUUCAAAAUAUUUUAAAACUAAUCAAAGUUUAAAGUUAUUGAUAAAUGUAAUUUCAAUUUAAUUCUAACUUCCCAGUUAUAUUUAGUGUCUAAUAAUAUAAGUGAUCAUAAUCGCUAGCUAUUUUGAUUUUGAUCGUUUUUUUUUUUUUUUACAACAUUGUAAAAUAUUCGUAUAGCUAUCGAAAGUAAAACAAAGAAGAAAAUAUUACUCGCAGCACAUAUAGAAAAUUAAACCGAUUGAAGUGAAUAUAAUAAUAUAAUUUAUCAUGUAUUUUGUAGAGUAUAUUUUGUUUUACUCAAAUGGAAAAACGAAACCGAAUGUACUUAUAGGUGCCACAUCACUGGGUUUUAGCCAUUUUUAAAAUGCUAACUCUUGAGCGGCGUUCAUGCGCAAUAAAACUUCACUUUCUUGAAUGGAAACACGAAAUUUUAUGAACACCAGAUUCGAAUAGUCCUAUAUUUUUAAACAAUUUUUUUUUUUAUACCUAAAAUUGCCCGAUACAUGAUCGUCUAAAAUUUGUUAAAAAAUACGAUUUUUGAAAAAAUGUUAAAACUGAUGUUAUUGUGUUUAUUGUUUACAAUGUGAUUUUAAAGAUUAUCUUUACUUAUAAUUCUGCUCCCAAUCGAUAAGUAUUCAGUAGUUUCUAAAUCCCGAUCUUCCUAAAGGAAAAAAGGACCCGGCCAUUUCUAAGUCAGUUCGACUGAAAUAUUUCGCGUUAGAAACAAUGAAACAUACUGCAGUGAUGCCGGCUCGCGUGUCUUGUAAGCUACGAAGCAAAUAUUCAGUGAACUAGAACGAGCGGGGAUACUAACGCACACGGCCCGAUAAAUAUAUACCAUCAGAAGUAGACUACGAGACGCUGUUAAUUAUUAUUUGUCGAUUCUAGACUCCGGGUUAUCGGUAAAUAUUUAUUGAAAAUUUUGAAAAUAUUUAGUAUACCGUACGCGUAUGUGCACUGUAUGUGCGCGGUUUCACACUGAUUAAUAAUAUACUCGUCCACACCCGUACGAUGUUUCGAACGGAAUUCGUUUAAAAAUGUCGAAUAAACGGCCAUAAUGAACCGAGUGUGAUAUAUUCCCGUUGCAAUAAGGAAACCGUGGAUCAGGCGGCGUAUAGGUACACCCAUACCACUUACGCGCCUCCAGAUGUGGAGGCGAGCGGCCAUUGCCCCGCGCAGUAUAUUCGCGAUAAUAAAAUGACGAGAGAGUAUUAUUAUAAUAAUUCGGCAGCGCGAACGCUGUGCCGGUCGCCGGACGUCGUCCCCGCGCGCGGAGGGAGUUUUUACGGUUUUAGCGUUUUGCGUUUAAAACGAAAGUUUCGUCGGCCGCGCGAAGCCGUUUCGCGAGCGGACAAAGAGGGGAAAGGCCGGCGGCGCAAGUAAUAAAGUCGUUUUUAUGUGUCGAUCAUAAAGUACAAAAGCCGUUUAAUACGAGCGGCGCGAGGGGCCGCGUUUUUCUGGGGGUGCCGUUUUCUGUUUUCAAUAAAGAUACGGAACGGCGGCGGCGGGGCGCUACGGCGUGCGCGCUUGUGUGUGUGCGCGCGCGCGCGUAUGUGUGUGUGUGUAUUUUCGCUCGACGCACAAUAAUAUGCAGCUGCACGGGUCUCGUGUUCUUUUUUUUUUUUUUUCCGCUCUCUUUCUUUUUUCUUUUUUUUUUUUCCGGGGUUCGGCGACGACGGGGUCUCCGGAGAGAGAGGGGGGGGCGGACGGGCGAGGUUGUAAAAUUUAUAGGUUGCGAAAACUAUAAAAUGAGACGAUUUUCAGAUAGGAGUUUUGUCCCGGUGAAAUUAACUUUCCCCUUUUCGUCGUCCGCCGUCCCGCCAGCCGCGGCCGUUUAAAUUUUACCGCCGUCCGCAGCGCGCGCUUAAUGGUCAUCAUUAUCACCGCCGCCGCACAGCACACGCGCGCACGUAUACGGACCCCCGGGCGAUAACAAUAUUAUUAUUAUUGUUAUUAUUACUAUUAUUUGCGCAGCGCUGCGACCGACGGUGUUUACGACACACGCGGACCCCGUGCGAUAAAUCCGAAAUCGAAUUAGAGGACGACCGACCGCGUCUGAUGUAAUAAUAUACACGCGUUAUGAUACCUACCUAUGCUCCACGGGUACCUUUAUGAAAUGAUAAUGCGAACGCCCGGAGUAUCCGUCCGGCAGUGGCGCGCUCGAGUGUUCGUCUUGGGGAUGGGGGACGAUUUAAUUCACACACACGCGCGCGCACGCAUAGAUGCGUAUGAGUAACAAUAAAUAGGUACCUAGGUCGUAUCUGUAUGAGCAUGGGAAUCUCUAACCCCGCGAAUUCAAAAUAAAAACACGUCAUUUCUUCCCCUCUUUUAUAUGAAUUUAAAAUUUCGAACUUGACUUCGGUCCUUCUUUACCUGGGACCAAAUAUAUAACUUGCAAUUUUUAUCUUUCUAAAAUGAUUUUUUCCCAGGCAAAACCCAUCCGUGUAAAAUAACAUAUAUAACACAGCUUUGUUCAAAAUACAUAAAUUAUUGCCGAAUAACAAUAAAUGGGAUUUUUUUUUUUUCUUUUAAUUCAUCCGAAGGUUAAUUAAUAAAAUUAAAUGUUAGGCGUUUCAGAUAGAUUAAUUACAGUGUUUUUAUAAUAGUUACCUAUACCUAACAAUUAAAAUUACAUCGUGUUUCUGUGUCCAUAAACGCGAUAUGUAACGUGCACGAUUAAAUCAAAACCACCUUCCCUUUAAACGCGUAUACUGUGAGCCCAGAUUACGUCACCCGAAGUAAUGUGCUGCAGUUAUUUCUGCCUUUCUGACAUUGAAAAUUAAAUACGUAUUACCAAUUAUAAUUAUUUCAAAUCGUUAAAAUCAAUUACGAGGCUAAAUUUUCUGUUAUUUUCUUUUUUUAUUUUACGAUAUUAUUAAAUUAUUACCUGUUAUUACCUAUCCAAUACACAGUCUACAUUAUUAAACUGUUUUUCAAAAUAUUAAGCAGCAAAAUUUGUCCAGAAUUAUAUUAUUUUAUCAACUAAUGCAAGUAAGUAGAUUAUACGAAAAAGUAUUUUAUACAUUACGAAGGUAUCCUACGUAAUACAUACACAGUAAUUUCUUGCCUUGAUAAAUUUCUAAUGUUUUUCAGUAAAAUCAAUUUCAUUAAUAAUUAGAAAGCGGAAACAAAGGGUUUUUAUUUAAUAUUAUUAUACCCAAUGUAUAGGUAGCUAUGUUUUAUUUAAACUUUCAAGAAGUUGCAUGGAAGAAAGGUUUUUUUUAAGAAUUGCUUAAGAUAACAUUUUAGUAUUUUGAACAAAUAUAUAUACCGUAAAAUUUAAUUGAGAUACCUACUAAAACAAAAGAAAAAUCACUAUGUACUUUCAAGUUCAUCAAUAUUAAAUGAAACAUUAAAUGCACAUCACUAAGUUACCGUACCUUCUUACAGGGGUUAUAAAAAAAGUCCUUCCAUUAAAUCUUUUAUAUACCGACUAUGAAAUACUUCUUAGUCGAGUUUUAUAAUCUUGAAUACUUUAUUACGUAUUUUAGUUAAUGUGUAUUUAGCGUGUUUCACUCGGAACUACCUAUUAAGUUUUAUAAAUAUUAAAUCAACUGUAUAUACCUAGAGUGCAUACAUUUAAUAAAUAAUAUGAGUUUGUACUUUGUUGUAAUUAAAAGAAAAAUCAGAUUAUAGUUUAUGGGAAAUACAACGUAAUCUAACAAAUAUUACUUAUGUGAUAAACGUAUUAUAAAUAAUGAAAAAAGUAACGAUACUACUGAUGUACUGACGGGUGUACCGCUAUUGUAUGUAUGAAUUUGGGAAGGUAAGGUUUAUAAAGUGAUUUAAUUUAUAUCUAUACGCAAUGAUAAAUAAUUGCUGAUGAAGUACAAUUCUGAGCAAAGUUCGGUUAAAUUUGUUAUGAAAUUCUUUAAUUUUUACGAUUCUUGUCAUAUUUGAACUUAAACGCUUAUAAAUAUUUCUACAAUUACUAUAAAUUUUAACAAUUAUUUUACAGCUAUUUUUGACCAAAUUACAAUAAAAAUUAAAAUCAUAAAUAAUAAAACUAAUAUAUACUUUUCUGCAUUUGCUAGUGGUUUUUCAGUUUUAUUUUAGUUAUUAAUAUAAAAUCUACUUGAAAAAUCAAAAUAUAACAUUCCCGAUGCACCAGCUAGAUCCUCUUGUCAGUUUUAUAUUAGAGCAAGAUUUUUGGUAAAUAGACCAAUGAUGUAGUUCAUAUAGACAUAUAAAAUUAAAAAAAAUAUUAAAAACAUACAUCAUAGUAAAGUCAAUACAUUCCUCACUACACUCAGAAUCUUAAAAAUUUGGCUUAAGGCAAAAUAUUAUAUAGUAAUAAAAGAUGAAACUUUUUUUAGUUGCACGUACAAGGAUAUAUAGGUAUUUAUAUAAUUACGACUAUCCCGACAUGGAACCAUGUUUUUUGAAAAUUAUUUCUUAGUACUUACCUACUUACUAUGGGACUGUUGCUUUCUUAAAAAUAAAAUAAAAAUAAAUAAAAAGUAACGUUCGAAAGUCACUAAAAAUCUUGAUAUUUUUUUAAUAUUUAGAAUUAAAGUUUAUGAGGGAUGCUAAUUGGUGAAAUAAUUAGGAAUUUGUUCUGGGGGGAGAUAUAAUUUUUAAAAUCACGCUACUUCGUCUUCGUUACAAGGGGAAUGAAUAAUAAUAAAACAACAUGUGCAAAAAACAAUAAUUUUGUUUAGCACUGAAUAUGUUAACAGUUUAAGUUUUAAAUUUAAUUAGCCAUUUAUAUUGAAAUUGUAAACUUUUUUUUUUUAUCAAUUACAAGAAACCUUUUAUUUUUAUUUUGAAAAAACGAAAUAAUAGUAUUCGAUCGUCUUUUAUUCUAACCUUAAAUAAAUUUAAUCUCUAUUCAUUAAUUACAAUUUAUAAGUCACGUAUUAAAUAUGGAUAUAGUUAGUAUAUUUGAGACGCUAAUAAAAAAAAUCGUUUGGGAAGUUAUCAUAUCUAUAGAUAUAUCAAUUUCAUCACUUACCAAUACACUUUAACUAUCACUUAGAAGUAACUAUACUAAGUCUCUGCCAUUACACUUUUAUAAGCCAUCAAGGGUGGAUAUAAUAUUUAUGGUCUGGGUCAUGAUAUUUACUAUAGGCACAAUAAUUAAGAACUGUAAUUUUUACUAAAAAAGUAUUCUAUCUGGUUGUAUUACCGGAUUAUACCUAAGACUAAAUGUUUGACAUAUUCAAUUUCUUUGUGUAUUUCAAUUUCGUCUUGGCAUCAAACAUUUAUAAUAAUAUAUUACAUGAAUACAUGAUAAAAAUAAAAUCUUAAAAUAAAGUAUGUUAUGUUUUUUUUGGUAACGGAGGUGGCACUUGCCCCUAGCUCCCGGGAUUAACCCUUUCAGACCAUAAGAAGUUAAAUACAAUUAUAAUAUUAAAGGCUUUGGGGAGCGAUCUGUCUAUCCGAAUUCCCUACCUCAGUCUCCCCCGUAAUUACAUCACUGAUGCCAAUAAUAUGCAAAUCUUUUAAAAAUACAACGACAAAGAAUAGUGAGAGACAUAAUUAUUAUUUAUUUAUUUAUUUAGCAAAGUUUAAUGUUUAAUGCGGCUUUUUAGUACAAUAAUUUUAUAAUUUGAUAAUUGUAUCAUCUGUAUCUUUCAUAUUUCAAAAUAGAUGUAAUAGUUAUAUAGGGUCAUAUAUUAUUGUGUUUAUAAAUUAAGUUUUCUGAUCUAUUUAUAGUAUGAUUAACGUUUAGUUUUAAUAUAAAUAACUGCUCCAAAAUAAAAAAUACUAGUAUAAACUAAAAUAUUUUUAAUUAUUGUCAUUUGAAGAGCUGCAGUGUUCAACCACUUGACAUUUUCAUUUUUAUAUUCGGUUUAUAGUUAAAAUACAUUUUUAAUUUAUACAAAUAAUAAUCGAUUAACAAUAAUAUAUAUUGGUUAAUAACACUUACAAAUAAUAAUAAAUAUCCGACUGCUAAAUUCAGAAAAUAUAAUGAGUAGCUACAAAUGCUAAAGUACCUGUAUAAUGUUUAUCCUAUAGCCUGUACGUGUGCUUAUAAAUUAUUGUGGACUGCACUUUAAAAUGUCAUAUGGAAAUGUGAAUUCUGUUUCAAAAAUCACUUUAAAAAAUAUCCGCCUAAUUUGAAUAAACUAUUGAACAUAAAUUAAUAACCAUUUAAUUUUAAAUAAAAAUAUAUACAUUUAAAAAUUAUCUGGACAUAUUUGCCAUCCCAUGAUGACCUAUCCCAUAUAGGUCACUGUUUCAAAUAAGAAAUAGUAAAAUAAAUUUAUUUAUUUUUUAUCCCGAACAAUUAACAAAUUAUUAAAAUUAAAAAAAAAAAAAACAAUUCUGCGGCACAGAGAGUGAACCAGUAAUGAUCAACAUUGUUAUUUUCUCUUGUAGCCAAGGUAACCCAGAAAUUAACAAAAGAAACUCCAAUUUUCCUUGUCAGUUUUUUCUAAAACUUUUUAAAUAAUAUGCAGAAAAUUUAUAGAAAUUUGUUUCAAAUACCGCAAGAAGAAUAAUCCACAUUUGAUAAUUCGAUCCGAAUAAAUUGAACCAUUUUUACUAAACAAAAAAGUGUUCUCCGAAAAAAAAAAACCAAAAGAGAACAUAGGACGUAAACUGUUGAAUAAUUUCAAAAACAUUUUCAAGAAAAUUAUCUUCCACUGGCCAGAAAUUCUAUAUAUUUUGUCAAGGCAGUAAAAAUUUGAGUAUUUCACUCAAUAAAAAGUGUAAAAAAAAAAAGAAAACAUACAAACCAAUUUCUGGAAAAAUUAUUAUUCUUCUAAAAAUAAAUAAAUAUGUUUUUAAUAAAAACAUGUAUGGUUUUUUUUUUUUAAAUUUUGUAUGAAAUAUUGAUCAGAAUUGUAAUUUUUACGGCAACGAAAUAUAAUGGUCAAAUUUCAUACCACGUGCGAUACUUUGAAAUUUUUUAAAUAUAAUAUCCCCCCUCCCCCCCCAGAAUUUAUAGCGAAAAGCGAAAUAAUAAACUGAAUAUUAUUAUAAUCAAUCUUAUAUAAUUGUAAAUAUACCACUCCCAAUAUAUUACAUAGUGUGUUCCAACAUAUUCAACGAAUUUUCAAGCACUGUUAAAAUCACAUUUUUUUCAAUCGUUUUGUCUUCGAGGAGGAAAUCGAUUUGAAAAAAAAUUAAAUUUUUAUUUUUAUCCCCUAAAUACAUAAAAAAAAAUGACUUUUUAUUUAUUAAUUUUAGACAGUUUUCAAAAUAACUGUUUUGUAAAAAUUAUUUUUCUAAAAAUUUUAAUGUAUCAUACAUUCAUAUCUGAUUAAUAGUUUCUUAAUUAUAGCCGUUUUAAUUUCUAGAAAAUGGACGUGAAAACAAUAUUCUAUAGAAGGUAAGGAAUUACCGUGCUAAUUGUAAUUCCUUAUCGCAUAACGUGUUAUUUUAUUGAAUAUUAAUUGAUUUCACGCAUAAUUAAAACGGCUAUAAUUAAGAAAUUAUUCAUCGGAUAUAAAUGAUACAUUCAAAUUUGUCGAAUAAUAUUUUUUACAAAAUGGCUAUUUUGAAAAUUUAAUCUUAAAUGAAUACAUAGAAAGUUAUUUGUUUUUCGUCUUUAGGGGGUGAAAAAAAAUUGUAAUUUGUCUCCAAUCGAUGUUAUAGUAUUCACUAUAUUGCAAGUUCUGUGUAACAUGUAUACUUACUAUGUAGGUAAAUAGCCAAAUAUGUACGUACAUUUUUAGGGGAAUAUAGCACGAAGUCGUAAAUUGGCUAUUCUUAGUUUAUGCUGUACCACUAUAUGAUAGCGCAUCCACGUUAACACGAUUUUCGGGCUAAAGACUUUUAUUAUUUUACUUUUAUUAGUUCAUAGUAAAAUAAUACACGUAAAUGUGUGUGGUUCUUUUUAAAAAAUAAACAUUAAAUCCUUAAACCAUUUUGUAUGGAUAUAUAUUUCAAUGUGAGUACAGAAUCAGAAGAGAAAAGAGACGAUUAGCACUCGAUACUGUACAAAGUUAUAAAUACCUAUCUAAAUCUUAUGCUGGCCACUAUACUGAACAUUUUCCACGGAUUAUUAGCUUAUUAACUAUACAAAUAUAAGUUAGAUAGGUAUGUAAAGGUAAUGAUAAUAUCAUUGUAGAACAAUAAAAAAAAAAAAAAAUGAGUAUAAGUAAACAAAUAAUACUGCUUAAGAACGAGCGUGUCAAAUAUUUGAAACAGUGAUUUAGCCCCAUGUUUAAUUGAAUAUAGGUAUAGUAUACAGUGACGUAUUUUAAUUAUUUUUUUUUGAGGCGGUAUCCUCAUAACAUUCUCCUAUAGGUAUUAUCAUCAAUUGAUCAUAAACUCAUUCCCUCCAUCACUACAUUUUCAUCAAAAUUGGGGGAUUCAACCUUCAGGAUACCCCCUCCCCCCAUAUAAUUUAAUAUAACUAAUUUCCAAUGCAGUUGAGCUAGAAUAGUUAUACUCGAUGAAAACAAUAACUGGAAAGUUAGAAAACAGUUAAAAGUCGUCAAGUUCGGAUUUUUUCGCAUACCUUAACUAAACACCUGUCUAUUAAACAUAAAAAUAAUUUAUGGAAAUCUCAUCAAAUUGCAAACACACGUAACGCAAAUUUCUUCUGUAAAUUAUUUUUAUUUUUUGCUUGCAGCGUAUUCCAUCAUUUAGAAUAUUUUAAAACUAAUCAAAGUUUGAAGUCAUUGAUUGAAAAAAGUUAGGUACUGUAUAUAUAUAUAUAACUAUAAAUAAUUAUUAAACUCAAGAACGAAGAAGAUACUGUACUACACAUGAUAACCAAAAAAAUUUUGUAUAACUUCAAAAUGUAUAACAUGUAAAUAUCAAUCAUUUCAUAUUAAUCAAGGAAAUGUAAUAAAAAAAAAAACAUUUCCGGUUUUCAUAUUUAUAUAUAAUAUACAAAAUACGUAUACUAAGUUUUGUACGGCAUUUAUAGUAUUGACUUCUGUUUAAUGUGUAUAUUUGUUCUUUUACGAUCACUAACACCGCCACGUGUUUAUGAUAUAGAAUCCGAGUAAACAGAGAAUUCUUCUUCCUUAUUCGAUAUUUAUUUUGUAUAUAAAUUAUUUAGAUUUUUUUUUACUGGUAAAACGUAAUGGUAUAAUACAGUUCUAAAAGAAGGCAUUCAAAUAUAAUAAGAUUAAUCGUUUUAAUUAUUUUGGUAUAAUAAAAUACCGUCCAAUAAAAGUUUCAAAAUAUUCCUAUAAAAAUAAUGUUUCCUAUUUUUCGUUUUAUCCGAACGCAGGAAGAAAUGUGCUAUUAGUAUUACUAUCAUGUGUGCUUUUUUUUGUGUGCCUGUAAACAACUUUUCAUUCAGAAAUCGAGCUCUGAUCAUCAACUUCAGACAUGGUUUCUGAUAUCAAAUUGUGUAUAAUUAGUGCAUUAGAAAGGUAAUUUAUUUUUAUUAUUUUCCUUGUAGUUUUCUUAAUAAUUGGGGAAACCAGUAAAAAAAUAUCUAAAAAAUGUACGUUUUCUGUGUUAUUUUCAAUACACAGAUUGUGUUUUUUGUUAUAAUUCAAUGACAAAUAAUCGUAGGGAUUUGGAAAUUUUAACAAAUACUUAAAUAGUAGCCUUUUCUAGAGAGGUACAAUUUUUAAAAUAUUCAGGCGACUUUUGAGCUAUGAUUUAUAGCCAUUUGAAAAUUGUUUUUCUUUUAGUUUUUAUCUGAUUUAAAAGGAUACAAUUUGAUUGUUUUCUCAAUAAUGCUUGAAAAUUUGAUACAAGGUUCAUCGUAAGUUGUUAUAAUUUAAACAUAUACCUUAUUUAAUGUCUAUAAACGUGAAAUAACCUAUGGUCUUAGGUACAUGUAUAACUGAAUGGGUCAUGUUCAAGUAAAUUUUUAUAAAUUACUAAAAUCAAACAUAUGCAUUUUCACAUGAUGACGUUUUAAUAAUAAUAAUAAUGCCUGUUAUAAUAGUAUACCUAUUAGUUAUUACUACCUAUACAAUGUACAAUAUAGAUAGUAGAUCUAGUUUUGUUUAUGAAUGGAUUAUUAUAGUAGUUGGCACGUAUAAUAUAUAGAUUCACUUCAUUUAUAAUAUUUUAGUGAUUGAAAUAAUAUCUUAGAGAAUUGAAAAUAAGUACACGUUAUACCUAUUUUGGGUAUAGGUUAAGUUAUGAUAAGUAUACCGUAUGCCUAUCAAAAUGUAGACUCUCACUAGAUUACUCAUAAGACUCAAUAAAUGUAAGCAAGAAUCGAAUAUGCAUAUUUCUAAUUGUAUAGGUAUACGUUACUUAAUAUGUAAUAAAAUUAUACAAUUUGCAUGUAUACAUGAGUGUCAAAUAUACCUACACACGUUAUAUAUAUAUACCUAUUAUAAAUAAUAAAAACAAAAUGAGAAUCACUUGUAAUCAUACAAAUUUGUCCGAUAAAUAUUUCAAUAUCCGUUAAUUUUCUUCAGAAAUAUUAAAGGGACGUCAUACCCACAUCAAAGCCGUAAUUGGAAAAUAAUUUUGGGGGGGAUUAAACCCUCCCCACCCAAUAGUUACGAUCUUAACCCGAAUCUACUGUUUCACUUUAACUGGCAAUAUAAUGAAAAGUUAAAAUUAGAGUUUGUACACAAAUGACCGAAUUUAAAGAGGACUAUACGUAAUUUUUCUCUAAAAUAUUAUCAUACAAAAAAUUUUAAAGCCAUGUUCAUUUAUAUUUUUUUUUUUUCAAUUGUUGUUACUUUUUUGUAUGAACAUUUCUUGGAUAAUUUACGUUACCGGUUAGACUGAGGCAGUGUAGAUGCUAGAAUGACGUCUUUUAAUAUAAACUGUAUAUUUGUUCCAAAAUGUAUGAUUAGGUAAUGCAUGACUAUCUAAACAUAUUUUAAUAUAUUCUUAUCGACAGAACGACCUGUAAAAUAUAAAACAUAUAAUUAUAAAUAUCGCCAAUGAAGGUAGGUGAUAAAUGCCUUAUAUUAUUAUAAUACUAAAAUGAAAAUAUUAUGUUUAAACGAUAAUGUAGACAUUAAAUAAUAUUAAUAAUGGCAUUAAAAAUCAUGAAAUAUAAUAAGUUGCUCAUAAUACAUAUAUCCGGUUAAUUGUCUGCGUCAUAAUACGUACAUAGUAUACCUGCCUAAUGUACAAUGUACACCAAUGUAAUUUGUGUGAAGUAAGGUGGAAGAAACUACAAAACCCAUGUACCGCGAGCCUUAAAAUAGGUUUCGAAAACUCUCAAGUUACCUUCCAGCUGUCACGUCAUAUUACCGUCAUUCUAGUUUAUUAUUAUUAUUAUUUUUUUUUUUUUUACGAGUAUGUUGAUGAAAACGAGAGCAUCGUGGAUGAAUUAUGAUUUGACCGUAUAGGAAUUUAGACACGUACACAAUGGCAGCAAAUAAUAAUACCUAUAGGUACACGAGAAUACCACCCCAAAAAGUUUUAUUUCAUUAUUUUUAAUACCAAGACUGUAAAACAAUAUUAUUAUUUUAAUAUUUAAUAAUACACGAAAAACGUAAUAAUUAUAUAGGUACGCUAUGUAAUGUACACAAUAUUAUAAUAAGUAAAUAUCACAACUAUUUUAGAAAAAAAAAAAAAAUAAUGCUAUCGGCUGAAUUUAACUAUCGUUAAAUACCUAUAAUAUUGCACAUAUUUUAUACUUAAAUUUGUAUUUUUAAAAUGUCUUUCUAUACACAGAAACAAGACGCAGAUGUAUAUACUAUGUUUAAAAAAAAAAUUUAUGGUAAUUAUGAUUCCAUUGCACAUUCGCGCGUGUGUUGGAUAUGCAUAACAUAUGAUUGUAUACAAUCGAUGCAUCGAGUCAAUUUUUGAAAUGCCUAUAUGAUAUGUAUAUUGUAUAAUAUUAUGUACGCGUGGCGGAGAUGAGAGGUGGUAUUAAAAAAAAUAUGCAGUUCAUAGAUUUUGGAUUUUAUUCCUCGCGGUCGAGAAUAAUAAUAUAAUAUAUAUUGUGUCAUCGGGGGGCCAAAAUGGCCGAUGAUUGACAGAUAAAGGAAAGCCGAAAAGGCGGAGCCUUGUCUUUGAAUUCAAGGGGUUACUAGGCAACCGCGUAUAACACAACAAUAUGUGUGCCUGUUCUAGAAUAACAAUAUACGCAGGUCUAAUAAGGACGUAUGUUAUAUACACGUACAUAUAUAUAUUAUUAUAAUAACCCUCGGUGAAAGAACGAAGUGUAUAUAUAUGUAUGAUAUAGGAGGUACUUGGGAGUCUAGCGUAGAGGGGUUGAUUUCACUGAUUUUAGGGCACUAAUUAGUAUAAGGUUUAUUAGACGGCUUAUGUCGUUCAAACUUGAGUUUUUUUUUUUUUUAUACAUAUAUGUACAAGUGGCAAAUUAUUAAUAUGUUUAUAUCCUUUAUUAUUAAUAUCCUGCGCGGCGUGCAAUGAAAAAAUAAUAAUUAUUAUUGUAUGGGUAAAAACACGCGUGUACGUCGAAUGUAUUAUAUUAUUUAUUCAACAAAGUUAAAACAUGUCAAUAGAACUACUGGUACAUUCAGUGGCGUGUUUAGGGUUUUAUCAAGGAGAGAGAUAUUGAAUUUUGGAAAUUGUUUUAUAUUUUAUAACCUAUAAAGUAUAAUAACGUGUAGAUACCUUAGUUAAAAAAAAAAAAGUGAUCGACCUUUAAUUUAUAUAUUUUUUUAACAGUAAUUUAUAACUACUAAUCAAACGUAUUAAGUGGCGUAUCCAGAAUUUUCAAAAGAAGGCGGAAGAAAUACAUAGUGAUUAUUUGAACACGAUCUAGCGAUUUUCUCAGAAGAUUUUUAGUGAAUUUGAUUUUCGUUUAUUCAAUCAUUACGAAAUCGUUUAAAUUUUAUUUUGACAUUAUUCUCAAUAAGUUACUCUUAUAUACAAUACCUUAAAUGAGUACGCACUUGGGUUUUCAGAAACCUCAAUUUUUAAACAUAAAUCCUAAUGGAAAAAUAUUCUCCUUUUACAGAUUUUAAAAUGCACAACAGUAAUGUUAGGUUUACUGUUUAUGAGUUAUAAGAGUGCUAUAAGUUUAUAACGCUUUAAAAUUUAAACCUGAGAAGUAGGGAAAUACCGGUAAAAUAAACUUCAUAUCCAUUUUUAGACGAUAACCCUUUCCUAUUUGACUGGUCUAAACUUUAAAUUACCAUAACAGGAUCAUGAUUAUUAUUUAACAUGAUUGAAAAUUUAUUUGAUUGUGUAUAAUAAAUAAUAAUACAUUAUGUGAACUAUGUAUAACAUUUGAACUGAUGGACAUUUUUAAAAAUAUUUCUAAUAAAAUGGAACCAUAUUCGCAUUAAGAACCCGGAGCGGUUUUAUACUAUAACUGAAAAGGGGAGUUUCAAUGAAAAAACCAAUUUAAUUAUGUCCACGUGUAGUUGCCGCAUUUUUAGAUACCGUAUAACGGAGGAAAUAAUGAGUCUUAAAAACAAAUAAAUAUGAUCAACGGGAAGGCCAUGAUGGCCACCGUACCCCCUGGGUAGUAAGUCAAAUAUAUCGACUUAUUCGUAUUUCAAAUAAAAAGAGAAAAAAUGUUGAAAACUAUAUUACUGUAUUACGUCUUACUUAAAGUAUAAUAAAUACAAAAAUGUCUACGAGAAUAAACACAUCUAAGCAUACUAUACGCAACACGAAUGAUGUAGGGUUCAAUUGUUUCAGCUCAACUCUCGAUGGAACCACCUGGUACACCAAAAGGCCCGGGGAACAUUUUUUUUUUAAAGGGUCCUAUGGAUGGAAAUCCAUGAAAAUCGGUGCGAUAUUGAAUCGGAAAUCGAUAAUAUUUCUAAAAAUAACAACAGAUUUUGGGACAAAGAGGUUAGAGGUAUAGAGAGAAUAGCGGAGUAUCAUAUUUUGUGUGGCGGUACGGCUCGCGGCGUGUUAAUAAUGCACCACUAUUCUCCUUCAACCUAAAAUUAAAAAUGGAAUAUCUCGUCAAUGGCGUGACAAAAAUCAAAAAUGUCAACUAAUCUUUCAUCUAUUUAUGUAAAUUUUAGUAUAGAUUGCCAUUUGAAAAUCAAAAGUAAGUAGUGGUUUUACCUCCAAAAGUAAAGGUGACGAAAAAUAACAUAAAUACAAAAUUGUAGAGCAGCUUGUUUCAUAAAUUUUCUAGAAAACAAAUUCCGGAAAAGAUUGAUACUUUCUGAUAUAAUGCGUGUACCCACUUAAAUAGAUUACCUGGUAAUAUGCUAUGUUCACAAAGGCGAUUUUCAGUGAUAUUUUAAUUUUCAGUAAUUUGCUUAUAAAUUUACUCGCUCGCACGAUGUAUUAAUAAUAAAUGAUUAUGUUUUAUUAUUUUUAAAAUGGUUGCAAUAAGUACUAACCCCCCCCCCCCAAAAAAAAACCGUAAUCACUGAAAAACAAAAUGUAUAAAAUGACUUUUUAGGAAAAGAAUAUUUAUAAAGAAAAACUUUAAGACGAACAAACGCUCAGGCUAUUAUUUUAGAAUAUCAACUAGAUAUUAUAAACGUUUAAAAUACUGCAGUUAUAAUAAUUAUGUUAGUAAUUUAGUUUCUAUUGAAAUAUUAUGUAUAAUAUCUUUGGUUCUAGUAAAGAAGGGUUUAAGUGAAUUUUAUAAGAUUUAAAAAACACGUGAAUUACAUUUUCAAGUUAGGGUAUAAAUAACCUAACCUAAAUGGCUUUAGUCAUAUAAUUAAAACUAUAUGACUUAUGCCUUUUUUGACAAAUUCAAACACACAGUAGAUAUGUCGUAUACUCGUAUAGUGAUAUUUUAAUUUUCAGUACAACAAAUGUUAGAAUACCUAUACAAAAAAAAAAAAAAAAACAAAAUUUAAAAUAAAUUACACAGGAAAAAAUGUAUAAAAAAGAAAAAUGUCAAAAAUUGAUUUAAGUCCUUCUUCCCUGGAAGUUGUGACCAAUGAAUAAUGACGGUACCGUUCUUAAUUGUAUUAUAUUAUAACACAAUUUAUCUUAUUUUAUUAAAAUAUCGCAUAAUAAAUAUAAUAAUAUAAUAUAUAUAGGUAGGUAUAGGUGCCUACAGAUAAUGUGGGUAACGUCGUAAUAUUAGUCGCUUCGGGCGCUAAACGGAAAAAAAAAUGUAAUAAAAUAAUAAUUUCAAUAUAGAAAAGUUGUCAGUUUUGUUUUGUACCACUGCACUUUGUGGUUUUUGCCGCCUGCAGUUCAGUGGCCUGUUUCGGCUAGAUAAUUACUAGGUUAGGUACUUUAAUAAUUUGACGCGGGUAAACCUUAUAUAGAAAUCACGCCCACUUCGUUUAUUGUAUGUCUUUUUUUUUAUUAUUAUUAUUUUUUUUAACUAUUAAAUUAAAUAGCGGCGGCGGCAAAAAAAAUAUUUAUUGUCAGUAAUUAUAACACACAUAAGUUAUUUAUUCGAAUCUUAUUCAUAAUAUACAACUAUAUAAGUAUAUAAUAUAGAGGAGGUAUAGCUGAGUAAAAUAUAGGUACCUAUAUACCUAAUAUCUACACCAUCAUUUGGGAUAGGAUUUUUUUCAUAUUAACGUUCACGGGUAUAUUACAAGAAUAAAUGUGUAAUAAAAUAUAUUAAAGAUUAAGUUAUUGUAACAAUUUCUGCAUGGGUGUUUAAUUUUAAUGUAUGUAUUUAAAUACUAUAAAAAAGGCUGAUGCUGCAGCUGAUUGGUGUGCCACUGUUUUAAUGUAAGAAAAUUGGAAGGGAUGAUUUAUGUAGAGUAAUUUAGUUUAUAUCUGUACGCAACGAUAAAAAGAUUCUGAGCAGAGUAUUAUUAGUCGUAUUUUUUUCUUUACUGACAAAGUAACCCGGUAAUCAACACAUUUUUUUAAAAAAAUGCCAGUUUUUCCAAUUUAUUAAGAAAACCACAAGAAAAAUCAAAAAAUUAUCUCCCCAAAUGCAUCAAAAAUGCUAUUUAUUGGAGCAAGGUUUCUUAUACAAAAGUUAUUAACAGACAAAAAAAAAAAAAAAAAUUAAAAUACAUCAUUGUAAAACUAAUACAUUCUUCAGAAUCUGAAAUAAAAUAUUUCAGUUGAAGUCAUCUAACGAACAAUAAAAUACAAUGAAACAUUUUAUUUUACUGAAAGUGACUUCUACACAGACAAUACAUUUUGCAUUAUUUUAUUAAGAGAAUUAUGUAGUAUACGAGGAACCCAUAAAAUGAUGGAAAAUAUUUGCUGAUCGUAUUUUGUAGGAAACGCGUACUUUAUUAGAAAUAUGUUUGUUCGAAACAGUAACAAUGAUAAUAUAAUUUUCAUCAUUUAUCAUUAUCAAAAUAUUUUUUUUUGACAAAAGACGUUUCCAAUAAAUACAUUUCCAAUAAAAUAGGGUUUCAACAAAAUAAAUUUCUACGAAAUACGUUUCCGAUAAAAUACGAUUCCAACAAAAUAUGUUUCCAUUAAAAUACGGUUCCAAGAAAAUGUUCCGAAAAAAUACAGCCCUCCGAUUUACGUUGUGUUUUAAUGAAAUAUUUUGCACAGGUAUUUGGGACUACAAAAUUAUCCGCCAAAAGAAUACAAUCCAUUACUUAGCCACAAGGAAAACUGUUACCGAUAUCCAUUUUUGCGGAGUAGACAACAACAACUGUGCGACCUCGGAGAAAAAAUUAUGAGUGUAAGUAAGUGUUUUUGCACACAAAAAUAGAAAUUAAAAAACAGUCAUUUCACGUAUUUUGCAUAGGUCGUGAGCAGCGGGACAAAAAUGGCCAUUGAAGAAUGCCAACAUCAAUUCAGCACACACCGGUGGAAUUGUACUACAUACUCAAACAGCACUUCGGUGUUUGGAAACGUGUUGUCGUACAGUGAGUCUUUCGCAUGCCAAUAUAAUAAAUAUUGAGUUUUACAAUAAAAACUUUUUUAUAAAAAUUAUUUUUCACUUAAUAAAAAAAAAAAUGUAUACGCGUUUAGGAAGUAGAGAAAAGGCAUACGUUCACGCCAUCACGUCGGCCGGUGUUGCGUAUUCCAUAACCAAAGCAUGUUCAAGAGGCGAACUGAACGAAUGUAGUUGUGACAAUAAAAUCCAAAGAAAACAAGCUAAAAAGAACUGGCAAUGGGGAGGAUGCUCAGAGGUAUUUGCAUCACUAUUUUCAGUUUGAAUAGCAAAAUAUUGACAAUUUAUAAACGUUUGCCCCCUGCAAUUUAAUAUAAUACAACAUUAAAAAAUCGUGUAAUAUUUAGGACGUACGUUUUGGUGAAAAAUUUAGUCGCGAUUUCGUCGAUUCUAUCGAAGACAACGAUAGUGUCCAAGGAUUAAUGAACAUACACAACAACGAAGCCGGCCGAAGGGUACGACAUAUUUCUAAUAAUACCUACCUACGUUUUUGUCGAUGUAAAGCAUUAAGAUAAUUAUAAAAUUAAUUAUUUAUUUUGAGUAAAAAUAAUUGAUAUCUACUUAUUGCUGUAUUCGUAUUAUACUGCACAAAAGCCUCAUCAAUUUUGAUGCGAUUUUUUUCGGUACAUUGGCCGACAAUGUAUGCAAAUGUAUUUACGUCGAAUCGUAUUUUAGCCGAUAAAUAUAUUAACGAAACCGUAUUAGGCAGCCGCUGUCAUGUGUAAAAACUGAUGGAUAUUCAAAGCGUGUUAGGUUUAUUAAAUACUGGCUGUUGAAAUUAACGGCUAAAAUACGCUUCUGCUUAAUUACUUGUCCAAUCAGUUAUUUUUCGAUUGAAAUACGGAUCGGCCGAAAUGUUUUCGGAUAUUUUGCAACAUACCCCCUUAAACAAAACAUUACAACAGUAAAAAAAAACGUAUCUAUAUAGGUACAUUAAGUUCAAAAAUUAUACCCAAUUUUGCAAACACGUAUAGGAAAAUGGAAACAAAUACAAGUCAAAUAUGAAUUUUAUUUUUCAUUUUUUGUGCAUAAAUAUGUUAUAUAAAUAUCACUACAAAACUAAAUUUGUAUACAGUACCUAGGUGCAAUAUACCGAUUUACUUUUCAAUUUUGAAACCCGAAUUCGUGGAAUCAGUUGCACUUUUAAUAUUUCCCACAAUCCAAUCCAAUUCAAUCCAAAAGUCUGUUCACAUCAACAAUAUACACUAUUGACUAUUUUUUGUACCGAUAGAUAUACCGUAUUUUUUUUACCACUAUAAUUUAUAAAUCCAACUUAAAAUGGACCUCCUGUUAAAUUUGUAAGCAUUUUUGUUCGGUCAAACAACGAUAUUCAUAUAGUACAUAUUGAAAUAAAAAAUGCACAAACAUACAAUUUCUAUAAACAUCUCAAAUAUAACCCAAAUGUUUUGGAAAUUUUACCACGUCUAGAAAAGACAAAUAUAAGUUUUAUGUCCAAAUGUUAAGUCUCUACGAACAUUUUGAACUGAAUCACAACAAAAAAAUAAAAUUGAAAAUAAUAAAAGCAUUAUUUUCAUAAAUUGUCCAAUGUUUUCUAAGUUUUUUAUCUGUUUUUCUCAAUUUUAUAAUUAUUAUGAAAACUGCUUUAAAAAUCAAAAAAUGACAUAAAAUAGAUAAAAUACACAUUCAGAAAAAGUGCUACUCUAAUACAUCGAAGCAAGAUUCCUGGUAGAAUUUUUGUACAGUAUAAAAAAAAUAUAUAUUAUUGUAAAGCCAAUACAUUCCUCGCUCUUCUCAAAAUCUAAAAUUUAAAAUAAUGAAAUAUUGGUAAAUGUAAGUAAAUAUUUGCUGUUCAACCUAUAAUUGUGUUUCCUGUUUUUCCCAAUUAUUUUGAAAACCUCUUAGAAAAUCAAAAAACAAGACUUCUCUAAUGUACCAAUUAUGUAAAAUUUCAACGACCAUACCACGUUGAAUUCAUCAGUUCUCGUCCGAUUACUGAAGUUAAGCAAAGUCAGGCGUAGUACUUGGAUGGGUGACCGCUUGGGAACAUUACGUGCCGUUGGCGUUUUUUAUAUUUAUCUUGUAGUAUUAUUUUUUCUAUUAAAUCUUUUCUCUCCUUCGCUAUACUCAGAAUCUAAGACACUCCUCAAAUGUAUGCGCCCCCCACACUAUGCACACCCAACGGCACUGUAAGCAACCCUUGUAGUAAGAGUGGUUCGCCUGAAUUCAGCUAAUGAUUAUUAUAAUGGGAUUUCUGGUUUGAUUCUUUAUUUUGAUUUUUUUUUUUUUUUUGAUAAUGUGUAUUUUAAACACUGAAUUCAAAAAUUGUCGAUAACAUUUUUUUUCACAUUUUCAGCACUUUUUUUUAUUUCAAAAGUUAUACCAUAAAAACUUCAAAAACUAAUGUUUUUGAAAAGACAGAUUUUAUUAUUUUAAAUAAUGCAGAAUACCAUUUAUUUAAAUUCUCCUAAGACACCCUCCUAAAUACGCCACUAACUACCUAUAUUAUGUCACUUAAUUAAAACUCUAAUUAUUUUGAAAAUGAAUAAAAAUAAGGGAGUUAGUAAAUUGAGUCUCGAAUUUAACGUUUUUCCAAAUAGGUAAAUUGAGUCCUAUCUAAAUUAUGAUAAAAUACCUACUGUUAUUUUUAACAAUAUAAAUAUAUUUUUACGUACAUCAUCAUACACAUUAUAUAUUUAUUGACGUAUUUAAGGAAAUCUAAUCUAAUACAUACAUUCAUUCAAAUUAGAAGCAAAGAAAUUAGUCAAAAUCAAAUACCGAAAAAAAGACUAGGUACCUAUACUAAGAGAACUUAUGAUGAAGUAGAUGAUUAAUAAAAUUAGUAGAAUUGACUUUAUUAAAGUUGUAUCAUUCAAAUAUUUACUCAAAAUAUAAUAUUUAAUGAAAAAUUAUUUUUCAUAUUUUGACAAUAUUAAUUAUUAUUAUUCGUAACAAACAUAUUAAUUAUUAAUUUACUAGAUACAUUAAAUAUUUCAAACGGGACUCAAUUUACCAAAUCACGUUUGUUUUGAUUGUUUAGAUUAUUCGCUCUAGUAUGCAAAAAGUAUGCAAAUGCCAUGGAAUGUCAGGAUCAUGCAGCUUGCGAAUUUGUUGGAUGAAACUUUCAUCAUUUCGUGAUAUCGGUGAUUCGUUAAUGGUACGUUACGAAGGAGCUUCACACGUACGACUUGGGGAGAAGAAGAGAAAGAAAAUUAAAAAGCUACGGCCUAUUAGAAUAGACCGAAAAUCGCCCAACAAAACGGAACUCGUAUACUUGGAUACGUCUCCAGACUAUUGCGAACGUAAUGAAUCGUAAGUACAAACAAAUCCAUUACUUAUUGAUAUUAUUAAAAAAAUUAUUAUAUUUAUAAGUAUGUUGUUUAAAUGUAGAUUGAGCAUAAUGGGAACCUAUGAUCGUGUUUGUCAAGGUUUGGAUGGCUGCAGGCAUUUGUGUUGUCACAGAGGAUUCCAAAUUAGAUUAAGAGACAUAGAGGAAAAAUGUAAAUGUAAAUUCAUUUGGUGUUGUAAUGUCGCUUGUGAAGUGUGUAGAUAUAAAAAAGAGGAAUACAUUUGCAAUUAAAUGCAUCAUAAUACCUAUCGAGUGUUUAUGAAUAACUACAAUGUCGGUUAAUGUUAUCGUUUUGUGUACCUAUUUGUGAAAUCUAAUAUUUAUACACAUAAAUACCUUCUUUUAUUCUAGUAUUCUCAUCACAAAUUAUAAAAAAAAAUGAAAAACUUUUCAAGUUUUAUAGACAGUAUAGAACCUGUUUAUUUAAAAAAAAUAAAAAAAUUACUACUUACCUAUUACAUUAUAAAUAGUCAAUAGACAUUAGUCUUAAUUUUAAUGAUUAAAUUAAGAAAAUGACUGAUGUUUAAAUAGUGAAGCGAAUUCUAGAGUCCACUAAUAAAAUUAUACUUGAUAAAGUUACAGAAUUUAUUAAUUUAAAUAUACACCUAUAAUUAAUCAAUAAUUUACCUACCUACAUAAGGAAAUGAAACAUUUUGUACACCUAAUUAUAAUUUAUAAGAAUCAUUAAUAUUUUAAUAAUUUGUAUUGAGUGCACAUUUACUUCUCACUUCUGUCCUAGUUUUUUGUUAUAAUUUUUUUAUUUCUAUUGUAUUUAAUAGAACAAUAUUAAAUACUAUACACAUGUAUAGAGAUAUCUAAUUAUUACUUUAUUAGUUGUUUUUGAAUUUAAUUUUUCUGUAUAAGUAGCGUCAGUUAGAUUUUUUUUUUAAAUAAAAAUAAAUAGGUAGGUAAUUAAUUUUGUCACUUUUUUUAAAAAAAAAUCAUUAAACUAAUAGUUAAUCUUAAU